CACACACUAGCCAAACCAUUUUCAUUAAACCACUCCACUAUCUAUAAAUACGCACGCCCUCUUUCAUCUAUUCUUCUCAUUACUCGUAUCCUCUCAACUUUUACAUCUACUCUCCUAAACACAAAUAAUAAUUUCCGUGAAGAAAAAAUUACAAUGAGUUAUUACAAUCAGAAUCAACCCCCAGUUGGUAACCCUCCUCCUCAAGGCUAUCCUCCGCAGGAUUAUGCAAAGGAUGCGUAUCCGCCGCCAGGGUAUCCUCCGCAAGGGUACCCUCCACAGCAGCCUGCUUAUGGCUAUCCUCCCCAGGGUGGCUAUCCUCCGCAGUAUCAGCAGCCGCCGCCUCAGCAACAAAAACAAAGCAGUGGAAUGCUGGAAGGCUGUUUGGCUGCUCUCUGCUGUUGUUGCUUGUUGGACGCAUGCUUCUGAGUUCUGAUGGGUAAAUUGGGAAGGGGUUUUUGUUAAUGGCCUUCAUAUUGCACCGUAUCUGGAUUUAUGAAUAAUAAAAUAUCUGACUUUGGUUUUCAUGUGAACUAAUUUAGAUUUGUAAAUCUCCUCAGUGAUUUGUGUUUUUCAAUUAAUUACAUGGAUUUUACCUUUA